CUGUUGGUGCGCUAGUCGUACAGUAGUCCUAAACAAAACAGUUGUGACAGAGAUGGCGGUGGAAGUGCACGCAUUCUGAUGUUUUACCAUAAACAUAACAAUACAUUUAAAUAACCGCGGGUGUUAAUUUCAAUUCGAAUUUAUUUAUGUCGUUAGGGAAUUAAAAUAUCAAAAACGGUGCCUGAAUUAUCACACACAAGGAAGAGAUAUGAUCUGGGCUUGGCAGCGUCAUCGCCGAAGAUUUAAUUCACUCAUCCACAGCUCUCCAGUCCGUCGAUAAUUUUAGGGUUAAUUAGUUUGAUGCAAACGGUCUGAUGAUGUCGGUGUCGGCGAAAGUAUGCCGAAAAAUGUCUCCAAAGACCUUCGCCUUGACGGCCAUAGGCCUCACAAUAAUCCUGUGCGUGUACUACGCCAAUUACACGACAGACAUUCGCACAAAUCAAACGCAAGAAAAUUCAAAAGAAAGCGACGAACUGCCCCAACCUCAGCGCAUCUUCGAGCUCCUCCAAAGAUCAAAAUUCGCAACUAAUAAAGAGUUCGAAGUGUGUCCGAAGCUGUAUCCUGCCGAGGCCGACAUAAGCACAGUGGAUGUGUUUAAGGAUUUUGAGUUUCAGCCGACUUGGAUGAAGAGCAAAGAGUACUGGGACAAGUCCUUUGAAGAUCGAUUUGAACGCCAAAAAAUGGACGCUGAAAGGCCACCACUGAAGGUGAUAAUCGUUCCUCACUCCCAUAACGACCCCGGAUGGCUGAAAACCUUCGAGAAUUACUUCCACUACGUCUCCCGCCAGAUAAUGAACCACAUGGUGGCGAAACUCCAGCAGUACAAAAACCUAACAUUCAUUUGGUCGGAAGUGGCCUUUCUGAACGCCUGGUGGGAGGAGGCCCAUCCCAGUAAACAGCGAGCUUUGCGAAACUUGGUCCACUCAGGGCGCCUCGAAAUCGCCACCGGUGGCUGGGUGAUGACCGACGAAGCCAACGCUCACGUCUACGCCAUGGUGGACCAACUCAUCGAAGGCCACCAGUGGGUCUGGUCCAACCUGGGCGUGAAGCCCGUCUCCGGCUGGUCCGUGGACCCGUUCGGGCACGGCAGCACCCAGCCCUACAUCCUGGCCUCCUCGGGGAUCAAGGGCACGGUCAUCCAGCGCAUCCACUACGCGUGGAAGCAAUGGCUCGCCCUGAAGCAGUACGGCGACUUCCGAUGGGUCCCCACCUGGAGCCCCGCCAGCCCCUCGGCCGCGCUCCUCACCCACAACCAGCCCUUCGACAUCUACUCAAUCAAACACAGCUGCGGUCCGCACCCCUACAUUUGCCUAAACUUUGACUUUCGCAAAGUCAUCGGCGAGUACACGGAGUACUCCAUCAAGGCGCAGGCCAUCACCGACAAGAACAUCAAGGAGAAGAGCGAGUUGCUGCUCGAGCAGUACGCUCGCACCGGAUCCUUGUUCCCCCACAACGUGGUCUUGAUGCCCCUAGGCGACGAUUUCCGCUACAACGUGGCGGAAGAAUGGGACCAACAAUACACAAACUACAUCAAACUUAUAGACUACAUCAACGCAAACAAAGACACUUAUAAGGCCGAAGUCGGGUUCGGGACCCCGAAAGACUACUUCCGCGAGAUAAUGAAACGCUACGAUCAAUACCCGACGCUUAAAGGCGACUUUUUCGUCUACUCGGACAUUUUCUCGGAAGGCCGUCCGGCCUACUGGUCCGGCUACUUCACCACGCGUCCCUUCAUGAAAAUCCUGGACCGGGAGUUGGAGAACAGCCUGCGAAGCGCCGAGAUUUUGUACACAAUUGCCCUGAACAACGCCCGCCAAAACAAACUGCUCCCGUACGUGAAAAUCCUGGAACGCGAUUUCGAAAAGUUGGUGCGUGCGCGUCGGAACUUGGGGCUCUUCCAGCACCACGACGCCAUCACAGGGACGAGCAAAUCGUUCGUGAUGCGUGACUACGGGCUCAAGCUGUUCGAGGGGAUCCGGGACACCGUCAGUAUCCAGCAGAACUCGCUCCAGAGUCUCCUGCUCCCGGACAUUCCCCUAAAGCCGGGCGAGAACGCCAUUUUGAGCGACCUGGAACGGGAGUCGUUCGAGAAGCUCCCCAAAAAGACGCCCAUCGGGCUGGGGCCGCGUCAAGUGCGGAAAAUCGUGCUGUACAACUCGCUCGCCCAGCCCCGGGAGCAAUUAAUUCAAGUGCGGACCAACACGAGUAGUGUGAAAAUUGUCGAUAAUGAGGGGAACGAAGUAGUGUCACAGGUCAACCCAGUGUGGGACACGUCCGAGAGCAACACGAAAUUGUGGAUCGCGGCGGACGAGUUCGAGCUCGUCUUCGUCGCCAAGCUCAAGGAACUGUCUCUCACGACCUACAGCCUGGUCUAUGAGGAGAAUGAGACGAGACUGGCCACCAUUUAUUGCAACAAGUGUCACCGGAAGGCCAGCAUUAUCACAAACACUGAUAGUACAAUCGGGAAGCAGAACGACGUCUUGAAAUCAAAAUUUGCAAUCAAAAACAUACCCACGGGUGAUAUCCAGUUGGAGAACCACAAGUUCAAGAUUUUAUUUAACGGGAAUACAGGGUUUAUGAAGACGGUCACGCGGAAACACAGCCCCAAAAUCAUGCAGUGCGGGCUCCAGUUCGCCGCUUAUCGCAGUGCGCAGUUCCACUCGGGGGCCUACUUAUUCAUGCCGGACCCCAACGAGCGCGAUAUCGAAAAGGACGUUUUGCAGCAGUACAAGGACCAGAUGAGCAUUAUCAUCACUUCAGGCCCGGUCUCAAGCGAGAUCACGGUCAUUUACGGGGCUUUCCUCGUGCACAGCGUGGCCAUUUACCACGUGGAGACGCCCCUGGCCGACGCCAUCUACACCGAGAGCACCGUUGAUUUCGAAAACCCGCCCAAAAACCGCGAGACUGAGCUUUUUAUGCGCAUAAUAUCCGACGUGCAAAACGGCGAAGUGCCCGAAUUCUACACCGAUCAGAACGGCUUCCAGAUGCUGAAACGGGUCAAAGUGGAGAAAAUCGGGAUCGAGGGCAAUUAUUUCCCCGUGACGACGAUGGCGUACAUCCAGGACGACAACGUGCGGCUGAGUUUGCUGACUGACCAUGCGCAGGGGGCGUCCGGGUGGCAGCCCGGGUUCCUGGAGGUGAUGCUUGACAGGCGGACGCUUUACGACGACUCCCGGGGGAUGGGCGAGGGGCUGGUGGAUAACAGAAAGACGGUGAACAGGUUCUGGAUCUUGAUUGAGGAUGUGGUGAAGGAGAAGGGCGAGAAGGGGCACUCGAAGCGGUUCGAGAACUCGGACGACACGUUCGAGAAAGGGGACGUUGUUAGGUCGUUUAACGUGCCGACGGAUCCGGUGGAGGCCGGGAAGCAGGAGGGGUUUCCCCGGGCGUCGCUGUUCGCCAAUCGGAUGUCGAACGGGCUGAACUACCCCGUGGGGAUCUUUAUCCUUGACCACGAACACCAGGAAGUGAAGAGCCUCGAUUUGGUCAGGAGGGAGUUCCCCUGUGAUACGCAUUUGUUGACGUUGAGGACGCAACCGGACUCGGUUUAUUCGCAGUUUCCCUCUUCCAGCGCCCUUUUAGUGCUACAUAGGCAAGGCUACGACUGUGCUGUGAGUAGGAAUUUCUCUUGUUCCUUGUCGAAGUUCGACAGCGGGUUCGAGCAUGUCAAAGUUAAGGAAAUUCAAGCGAAGACGCUGACCGGGAUCGAGGAUUUGCCAGAUAAUGUUAAGCACUUGAGUGAUAUUUAUCUCGAACCCAUGACUUUAAAGACUUUUAACAUGACCUUUGUAUAGUAGCAAUUGAUGUGAUUUUAUAGAUUUUUAAUGAAUACUUUAUUUAUAUUUUUAAAAUUUGUAGAUAGUGUAAAUAGGACUUUUUAAAAAUGUGUGCAUUUUAUGUUGUUACGUCCUCGUAGAAUUAUUGGGUUUUAUGUAAUUUCAAGCACUGACUGAUCAUGUUUUAUUAUUUAAGUAUGUUUGCUGUUACGAAAAAACAAAUAUACCGUUUUUUAUACGUUGAACCUUAUUUGCCGAAAUAAAACUUCCAACAAAUGGUU